AUGGCCUCCACCAAAUUCAUCCCCAAACGGGCCCUCCUCUCCAACCCAUCCAGAACCCUAUCAACCACAUCCAACCCCCCAUCCGGCCUAAAAAUCAACUCCUCCCGACUCUGGGAAAGCAUCCACCAAACAUGCAACCAAUGGGGCGCUGCCCAUCGCUACGGACCCCACCCCGAAGAAACAGGCAUGGCGCGCCUAACACUAACAGACGACGACGCGCACGCGCGGCGCUGGCUCGCCGACGAGGUCCACAAACUGGGCUGCUCGCUGCAAGUCGACCAGAUGGGCAACAUGUUCGCGCGCCAGGCGGGCUCGCUGCGCUCGUCUGCGCCUAUGAUCGCCAUGGGCAGCCAUCUGGACACGCAGCCGCGGGGCGGGCGGUAUGAUGGCGUGCUGGGUGUGAUGGCUGCGUUGGAGGUGUUGCGCACGAUGAAGGAGAGUGGGUUUCGGACGGGGUUUGAUGUCGGGUUGGUUAAUUGGACUAACGAGGAAGGCGCGCGCUUCCCCAAAUCAAUGUGUUCCUCCGGCGUCUGGGCAGGCGCCAUCCCCAUCGAGCAAGCCUGGGACCUGCGCGAUAUCCAAAACCCGAAGGUGACGCUGCGCUCCGAACUCGAGCGCCACGGCUACCUCGGUGAACUGGCGUGCUCGAGCGAUCCAGCGACGGGGUACCCGCUAGGCGCGCACUUCGAGCUACACAUCGAGCAGGGCCCGAUCCUGCAAGAAACAGGGCGCUCCAUCGGCGUCGUGCAAGGCGCGCAGGGCUACAGAUGGUUGAAGUUCACCGUGCACGGACGAGACGCGCACACAGGCACGACGCCGCUCAGCGCGCGCAAGGACCCGCUUCUCGCGGCCGCGAGGAUGAUCGCGGCAUCGAACGAUAUCGCGCAGGCGCACGGCGCGUUGGCGUCGACGGGCGUUCUGCAGAUCCCGUCGAAUGCGUCUACUAACACUGUGGCGUCGGAGACGACCUUCACGCUGGAUAUCCGCCAUCCCGAGGACAGCGUGGUGCACGCGGUGCAAGACGCGUGUCUGUCGGCUUUUGGGCGCAUCGCGGCGCAAGAUGGAAAGGGAGUCACCUUCGACUGGACGCUCGAUACAGACUCGCCCGCUGCGAAGUUCGACGAGGGGUGCAUCGGCGCUGUGCGUGAUGCGGCUGAGGGGCUUGUUGGUGCUGAUGGCUGGCUGGACAUUACUAGUGGGGCGGGUCAUGAUAGUGUCUAUACGAGUAAGCAUUGUCCGACGACGAUGAUUUUUGUGCCGUGUCGGGAUGGGGUUAGCCAUCAUCCGGAGGAGUAUUGUCGGGCUGAGGAUUGUGCUAUCGGUACGCAGGCUUUGUUGGAGGCGGUCGUUAGGUAUGACCGGUCUAUGGUGGAGAAGUCUUGAUUUGUUGGGUUAGCAGUCAUAUCAGGCUUGACUAGCAUGCUG